AUGGAGGCAAGUGCUAUGGAGCACCAACGGCGUCACCUGACGCUGUCUUCACUUUCACCGCCACCAGCAUUAGUUCAAGUCAAGCUUGAACGAUCGUUGUACUACAACCACCGUCUGGUACAUUGUGAAAAAUUCCUGACUCACGUUUUUACCGGUACGAGAAUGGCGCCGUCGAAGCGCAAGAGAGAAGACGAAUCCAAUUGGACAGAUGACAGACCAGCUCAAUCGCGCAAGUCCGUUAGUGAAACAGCGGAGACUGAGCCGCACCAGGUUCUAGGCAACUAUGAAACUCUCUCUUCCCACCGCCCCACUCGUCAGCGGAAACCACCACAAAGGCUAUGUGACGAGGUGCAGCCUGCAACCAAGAGAAAAACGACAUUGAGAAAACCAUCACGAGCCGGCAAGUCCUCGAGAACUACCAAGAUUGCACGUCGAACAUCGGUCCAGUCCAAAGUUGAGCUAUCACCGGACAGUCAGCUGAAUCAGCAUGAAGAUGGCGCAUCGCAAUCUCCCAAGAAGUCCAAGAUUGUCGCCCUCAAGGUAUCGCCGUCAGCAUCAGUACCUAGCCAGGAUGUAAUGAGAACCAACGUUCCGCAGAGCGAUGCCUACAAUCGGACGCCCCUAAGUGGUCUCCUGGAUAUCUCGAAUUUUGGCUCGCCAAACGAAGGUCAUGCAUCCCAAACACCACCUUUGCAGCAUUUCCAGAGCGUUUCCCUAUUCCCUACUCCCAACACAGCGGUUAGCCAUGGAGCCUCUAUUGGGCCUGUGUCAGAUGGAGAGCUUCAAGAGCAUCUUCCAGCAGACGAGCCUCAUGGGGGGCAAGCAACAUUUCUCCUGGGCCAUGGUCAGCCUCUGAACGAAAAUGGCGAUAGCCUCAGCCAUGAUACACAAGAGUGUGGUGCAGCAACAACAGCUGUUGGCCAGUCACCCUCUGAUUUCACUCAUCUCGAGGACUGGCUAGUGUCUCAAAACAUCACCAAACGAGUCAACCCAUCAGGUCAUGGUUUUUUUACACAACCUGCUGCCACUUACACGGACUCGGAAGCGACGAUAGAGUGUGAUGAUACAACGCGCCCGUUCAUGGAUGGUUCACUCUGCUUGCUGGAUGAUCAACAGCUACACGCCAUAUCCAAGCAGCUCCAUGCCCAGCGGAAUAUCGGGGUUGACAAGCCGAUGCCAAUGGCACAGCCAGAAGUUUGGGCCGAGGGACGUCAAGAACUUUGCGAAACACUGCACUUCUACCGAAGCUACCAAGGUGCCUGCUACGCUACCGGUGGUUUUGUCCGGGGAUUCAUGUUCGACAAGGUGGCUCACGAGCGAGACUACAUUGACAGUAACGUCGUCAUCUCCCGGGCUGUCGGUGGGCUUACCAAGGACAAAGAGUCUGGAGCGAUGAAGGCCAGCCGAGACCAGGUGGAAGAUUCGGUGGCGCUGGGCCUGAAGAACUGCAUGCUUUACCGCAACCCGGUCGUCGUCAUCACGGGAAUCGAUAACCCGCAUAUCCCGUCCAAGCCACCUCACCAGUAUUGCGUGCUCGAUUACUUCAAGCCUACGCAUAUAUGGGCGGAGAAGAGCGGCAGCAGUGUCAUGUUCCGGUAUCGAUUCGAGAAGCUCAACUCAAAGAAGGAGUCUUGGUGGCAGGCAAGAGACGGUACGAAAGCCAUUGAGCUGGGAUUGCUGCCAAAGCCCGUCGAGAAGACGUGUGGCAGUUGCGGCGUAGACUCUCAGCAAAUCUACCUCAACGGAUGGAUGUGUCUGCAGCCAAACUGCCGCUCUUUCUGGAAGAUGGCCGUCCCAGCAUCUGGUCGUGGACGCCGCAGUGCUCUGCAAGAGCCCGACGAGACCACUCUCCUGUACGAUCCGCGCUUCCUCAAGCAGAAGACUGUAUGGGAGAACGACGAUCAAGAGUACCCGCUUGUAUCCAACACAGCCGAGCUCUCGACGCACCCCCUCCCCGGCGAGGACACGUCAGUCGCCUUCUGGUCCGGCAUCGUGUGCCCCGACUGCGGUCGCUGCAUCUCCCGCCUCAACUGGACAAAGUGGGAAUGCCCGAAUCCCACCUGCGACUACAUACGCUCACCACCACAUGCACUCAUCUCCGCACUCGCUUUGCGCGACCCGCUCUGGCCCGUGACAGACAGCUACACACUCUCCCGCGACACACUCUCACCACUAGUCGGCUUCAGCGUCCACUUCGAGCACGGAUACCGCAUCAACCGGUACACGCUACCGGGCAUCGACGGCUUCAUCACGCACAUGGUAGCCAACAAGAGGGUCCUCGAGGAACACGGCGGGCCCGACACCAUGUUCGAAGAACUACAGCAAACCGACAUUGGACUGCAGCGACGGCCACUACCAACUGGGCAGCUCAAAGGCCCCAAUUACUGCCGCCAGUUCCUCGUCAACUACGGGAUGCCGUACAAAUUCGUAGCAGCCACGCAAUCGCACUCAUUUGACGGCGCCGCCCGCCCAAUUACCCAUACGCGCAGCCGCCUCAACUGGGCCGCACAGUACCUGUUAUCGCGGGAGUCUGGCACGACGUCGCCGCAGCAAGCAUGGAACGCAGCCACGCAGUUCAACGAAGUCCUCGCGCUGGGCUACUUCCAAGAACAGAAGAUCAAUUACCACGACGACGGCGAGUUUGGACUCGGUCCUACCACUGCGACGCUGAGCCUCGGUGCCCCGGGCACCAUGCGCAUCCGCAUGAAGGCGCGCCGCUACCACGGCAUGUCGAGCGUCGCCGGUGUGUACGACGACGUGGCUCCCGUGCCGGGCUGCGAGCAAUACGAUGCCCGCGCUGCGCUUCAGCCGGAGCUCGAAGCCCUCCGGGCCACCGAUACAAAGGCGUACAACGCGCGUCGGAAACAGAUCCCCAAAGAACUCGGGCUGCAUAGUCGCGGGCAGUCUGCGGUUUGCGCUCACGUGCAGGUAUAUCGAUCCGCAGUCGUUGAAGCCCGAGGACAAGCCGGCGUAUGA